UGACGAGAUUGACACCUGGUUAUUAUAUGGCAACGAUGCCCAUAUGGAUGUCAACAAGAGAAAGGCCACACCGCCGUACCUGGUAGACAUUGGUGUUUGACCGCACCGGAAUAGGCAAGGCGUCCGAAGUGGUACCUGGACGCUCUCCGAUCAACCGUAAAAUGACAAGAGUCCCGUCGUUACAAGCAUCAUGAUUUGGGCCCCGCGACGACCGUUCCAUUAACUAAACAUCCAAACAGACCUCAGUUUCAGACCGCAUAUUCCCUUCAUCACUCCAACCACUGCAAGUGUUUUGGUCUCGUGAAGUCAAUCCCUUUCUCAGCGCCUCAAUACAGGUCAUAUCUCGUCCAGUCUACCAUCCCUUUGAGAGUCCAACUUCCCACAUAUACAACGACCCACCAGCCAGCGGGGUCCUCCUGUGUCCAUCCAUCGUCCUUCGUCCACCGCUCCCCUCCCCUUCCCACCAUGGAACGCAAGCAUAAACCCUCAACACUCCCCGUAUCACCACAAAUGGCACAACCGAUCGUCGACCUCAAAGACAACGUUCUCACCGCACGCCUACCCAGCGGCGACUCCGUAACAGUCUACCUAUACGGCGCGACCGUGACAUCGUGGAAGACAUCGAACGGAGAAGAACAACUAUUCCUGUCCAAAGCAGCAGUUCUAGACGGCUCGAAGCCCAUCCGGGGCGGCAUCCCACUCGUAUUCCCCGUAUUCGGCCCCCCGCCUAAAUCCCACGCGACAGGCCAACUGCCACAGCACGGGUUCGCCAGGAACAGCUACUGGGAGUUUCUGGGCAAGAGCAGCAGCGAGAGUCUGAGCCGCAAGGCGGACGACAGCGUGAAACUUGACUUUGGACUGAGCAGCGCCAUGCUCGACGAGGAUGUGCGCAAAAAGUGGCCCUACGACUUCGGACUCGUCUACAGUGUCACAUUGGAGAAGGACCGUCUGGAAUGCCAGAUGCAUGUUCAGAAUAAGGGUGAUCGGCCGUUUGAGUUUCAUUGUUUGUUUCAUACGUAUUUGGCUGUGAAGGACAUCACCAAAACCACCGUCGAAGGACUCCAAUCCUCUCCUUACGUCGACAAAGUCCGCUCCGCCCAGAAAUUCACGGAAUCCUCGUCAUCCCUGAGCUUCUCCUCAGAGACAGAUAGGGUCUACACCCCACCUGCAGGCAAAGACAAUGAAUCGGUCCCUCUGGUCGUCAAGGAGGAUGGAAAACAAAAGUUCGUCGUCACUCGUGAUGGAUUGCCGGAUGUCACGGUCUGGAAUGGCUGGGAGGACAAGAUCAAGGCUAUGGGCGACUUUGAGCCCAAGGAUGGUUGGAGACGGUACCUGUGCAUUGAGCCUGGUGCGGUCAGUUCGUGGACAAAACUUGAGGCUGGUGAUGCUUGGGAGGGAACCUGUGCGUUUGAGAGUAAGCUGUGAGAAGCGUGCUAGGACUGCUGGAGAAAAAGAACAAGGAAGAGUUCACCGACAGUGAAAGGGGCGAGAGCCUCCAAAUGGGACCUGAUUCGCAUUGGUGCGCUAAACAUGGACCAAGAACAGAGUCCGAAGGAUUGCAAGACUUACCAUGACCUGAUGAGAAUAAAAUCACCCAAGAUUAGAAUUUACCAUCCGUUACUACCAAGUACUACUCUACCUAGGUCACAAUAGUACGAGUACCCCGUACCUGCUUACCACUG